CAGGGGAGGACUGACCAUUUGGAAACUCGGGCACUGCCUAAGGGCCCGGGGUCAGUAGGGGGCCCCAUGCGAUGCCCCUGGUACCUUUUUCAUAGGCUUUUUUGAGUUUGGGCAAGGACACAGGGGCCCCAUGAUCCCCUAUUGCCUGGGGGCCCCAUGAGUUGUCAGUCCGCCCCUGGUAUGUACUUGUCCAUCAGUGCUGCCUAUCAGUGCUCAUCAGUACAGCCUAUCAGUGCCCAUCACUGCAGCCUCAUUAGCGCA